UCGUGCAUACAUACACGUGAAGGUCAGCAAUAGAGCCAUAAGGCUUUCAGAAUUACAAUAAUAUUGCUCGUACGACCUAAUUUUAGCAAAACAUGGAAGGCCAGGGAGCGACAGCCGACCCCCAGCUUCAGCAGUUCAUCGAAAUCGAGUCUCAAAAGCAAAGAUUUCAGCAGCUGGUGCAUCAAAUGACUGAGGUUUGCUGGGAGAAAUGUAUGGAUAAACCCGGGCCGAAGCUGGACUCAAGGACAGAAAUGUGCUUCGUUAACUGUGUGGAGCGAUUUAUUGACACCAGCCAGUUCAUCCUGAACAGACUGGAACAGACUCAGAGGAGCAGGGGCUCAUUCUCUGAGACCAUGUCAGACUAAAAACUGUCUCUGGAAGGACUGACAAGACACAUGCACGCAGCCCCUGCUCUGACAUGAGGCCGCUUGGUCCUGGCAGCUGACUGUAUGUUGCUGAACUGUCCCUUGAACUGGAAAAAGGAACAAUGUUAAGUGUUAAUUUUGAUACAAGUGCCUAAGAUUAACACCAUGUAUGGAUUCAUGCAGACGUCUGGGGUUUCAUUUGUCCUUCAUUGAUCAGGAUAUGAGUGUUUGCAAGUCAGUUCACCAGUCAGGCUGUGAAACUGAGCUUGAAUGUGUUAACAUCCAAUGCUGUAACAAGGGGGUUGAGUGUUGGAGACUGCUGAAAGAUGGAUGCAUCUGGGAUAUUCAGCUUGCCACCUGUUUUUGACAGCCACAAGGCCAUCAGCACAGACUCGGCUAUAAUUUAAGAGAACUAACGAUGUCUUGACCGGAGAGGCAUGAGGUUCUGGUCUGUACAUAUGCAAUAAACAAAAUGCCAAAUAACUGUCUGUCUUUUGGAAAAUUGUAGUCAAGUAAUGUUGGGAGUUAGAUUUUAAUUAGCAUUAUCAAACUCACAAAAAGUAACAGUUACACCAGAGGUAUGUUACAGGUUGGCACAUGUUGGGAAUUAAUUUAUACAGGAAAUGAACAUUCUUUGGUACAGUUUGUAUAUAAUACUGAGGUAUUACAGUAAGAGGAAUUAUUCACUUGUUCUUCAACAACAGAUGCUUGAAAUGCAUUCAGGCUGCAAAUCAAUUUAUCUACCUUUGUAUUGGUUGUAAAAUCAAACCUUUCAUACAAUAUAAGCUUAAGGUUAAAAGUGCAAAACUAAUGACUGAAUAAGGUUAUUUUCAGCAACAGAAGGCACAAUCAUGCUUAUGCAGGCUAAUAUUCAACCUUCAAUACUUUUUUACUACUGUAAAAAAAUGUACACAGCAGUGCAACUGCCAU